ACCCAAGCUUCCCAAGGUUGUCCAAACAGCCCCCUACCAACAGCCUUCUCCAGAGCCUUUGUUCUAACCAUUACAUCUCUGUGUCUUGACAUCUACGAGGCAGCGAGGGAUAGCUGAGUUUUGGCUUUAGUUUGAAUUGUUCUUCCUACCAAAAUUCCUGCCCUGGCCCCGUUUCUUGGAAGGUUUCCCUUGUUGCUAGCAUAUCGGUCCAGCCCCCGUUAUUACCCCAAGCUGCGCCCGCUUCCCCUUCCUGUUAUCGGACCACGCCAACACUAUCAGCGCCUCUCACCGAUGACCGGGCAGAACGCCUUCCAAAUCAUGCCAUCAUCUACCAAUCGACACCAAUACUAAGAGCAUGGUGUUAGUGGUACAGGGUUGCGCAGUGGUCGUCGAAAAUGGGCCCUCAGUCUUCCGCGGCCCAGUCUCAAUCAGCCCGGGCCCCGUCCCCAUCAUCUUCUACCAAAAGCCUCGAUCAUGAUCACAAAGAAACCCCUCUUUCACAGGAGGUAGCUCCAAAGCGAAGUGUCGAAACGACAACCCAGCAGGGAGACACCCCCCACCAGCGGCCGCGAAGAUUCCUGGCACAGCCAAUAGAGACAUCCUCUCGGAGCGUCGAAACACAGAGUGGCUUGUCAGACGACCGUCAAUCCUAUCGACUGGGAAGACUCCGAAAGGAGGUGGACAACCCCUCGGAGCAACAACUCCACCGACCCUUCAAUCCUCCCCGGCGAUUUUUACCACAACCCAUUGAGACUAGCAAGGCUAGUAGUCAAGGCGUCGCUGGUUCCAAACCCAGACGAUUCAAGCCCGAGCUCCUUGAAACCGACCAUCGCUCAGUCAAGGGGCUAACGGACAGCCCUUCUCAUCGACAAUAUGUCAAUCUUGGUUCAGCAAAGGCUGGCUUGGAACUACCGGGAAAUCGGACAGGUCCUACGGCUCGUCUGACUCCCCCUCGCAGCGCCUCAUUCGACGUCCCAGAGUCUAGAUUCUCGUAUGCAAACCUGCUUCGUCGCCAUGAAACCCGGAGACAUUCCUUUCGAGUCCCUGAUCUUCCCUCAAUCCCAUCAAAUAGCAGCGACAGUUCCGAUACAUCUUGCGAAACACCAUCUUUAUCUCCUCGGCAGCCAUCGGUGAAGCCAGUACAGUCCCGGCAAGAGGGUCACUGGAGCCGGGACAGUCGCCCCAGCGAAUUUUCUGGGUAUCUGUUGUCUCUGGCGGCUCGAUCGGCACAGAAAGAGCUGAGAGAGCAGGCACUUGCCGCCUUUCCAAACGAGCAAGUUUACCAGCCAGUGGACCAUUUUGCUAUCGAUGAGGAUGGGGCUGAUUCGGAAGAUGAUGAGUAUCUGAUUUACCCUCAGCCACACCAUAUUAAGUCUCGCCGGCAAUCCUCGGCAGACCUUUCCUGGGAGCUUGAGUAUAUGCGUCAGCACAAGGAAGAGGCGGAACAACGACUUCGGGUCAUGGUUGCCUCCAAACACCUGGACUUUUCGUCUCCGAUCCAUAAAGCCGCCUCCAAAAGUCGGGGGCCAAGUCCCCCAAUGCUAGGUGCUGACCUGGUUUUACCACAAAGCUUGUCCCCGGAUGGAACUCUUUGCGAGGAUUCCCCGUCCGAGACCAACGCCAAGGGGCAACAGAGCCUCUGUAAUGAUUGCGGUGGUCUCUGGUGUGUAGGGGACCAGCCUGACGAGGGGCGCGGAGCAGGUCUUUGGAUGGGCACAUGCCGCAAAGCUGAGGGGUUUGAGCGGGGAUCGCAAUUAAUGACAGGGAUCAUGACCCCUAUGAUUGAGUGUGAAGAAUUCAUCUCUUCAUCCGAUUCCUCGUUGGAGUCUCAUACGGACUCGACAGAUCCAAGAGGCAAACUGCUCCAAGGCACGAGUCCUUGUGGUCCAGGAAAAAAAAUUGAUGAUGAAUUCCAUGAUGGCUUUGUGACGCAAAUUUUCAAUUAUUUGUCGCUAGGGUAUCCAAGCGUUGCCCGGUAUUAUGACUAUGAGCUCAGCAAGAUCUCGGGAAUCCCCCUUGAAGAUCUACGGCGAGAUGAUCUUCGUACUGAUGCUCAUGGCUAUAUCGUAGCACCGCUUGAGAAUCUGGCAGUGGGGUGUGUUCGAUGGAAGGCCUUACGUCUCUAUAUUCACGAAUGGGCCCGGCAGCAGCCGAACAUGGUUGAAGAUGAACCAGCCCUUGAAUGGGGGCACCCGGAGCGGAGAGGGAGCUGGGCGAUUUAAAAGCGUCUUCGAGUGUGGGUCGGUCUGUCGUUAUUGGAGAAUGGACUUACAUUCCUGUUUCUGUCUUUUUUCUUCUCCUUCUCCUUUUCUUUUUUUCUUGGUGUAAUUAUGGCUAGUAUUUUUUACAUCUCCGAAGAGAAACAUAUGCUUAUCCGGCCAAGUCCCGUGCCACGGUGCCCGCCAACUUCGUAUAUUACUCUAGUACGUCGCCCCCCUUUCGUUACCAAGCUCACCUUUUUAAGGUCCUGACUUUCUUUUUAAUUUGUCUGGAAAUAUUUACAACUUCGGUAAAUCUCCGAGAUGCGAAUGAUAACACUACAAGGCCUG